ACCAGGAAAGGGUGACACUCAUUUGCAUAAGUUAUUCGUUUUUGACAAGGAAAACAUUAGUACUGUUCUCUGGUUGCUUACAUUGCAUCUGCAUUUCCAUGUUUCAAGUGAUAGAUAAGAGCAGUAUGUAUUCUAAUGCAGUGCCAAAUAACUAUUUUCUCAGAAUGAUUCACUCCCAAAUAGAGGUUUUAACUGUCGCAAUCCACCUGACUGCAUUUGAGCUGGGUUUCAUCAAUGCAUUGCAGCGUACGACUUCUCCCAUCGGAUAGACCAUGUGUCUUUCGGAGAAGAGAUCCCCGGCAUCAUCAACCCUCUGGACUGGACAGAGAAAAUCACCAGCAACCAUAAUGAGAUGUUCCAGUAUUUCAUUACGGUGGUUCCUACCAAACUGCACACGUCCAAGGUGUCGGCCCUGAUUUAGACACAGAUCUAGUAUCAGCCUGUCUUCCCCAAAUCCUCAUAUUAACCAUCAGGGGGAGAGGAAUUCUAUUUGAUGUUGACCAUGAUGGAGGAUGCUGCAGUGGGUUCAGAUAAUGGAUCAGUCUCCUCAUCCAUCCAGUCCAGUCCAUUCAGCUCCCUCUGCUGGCUGCCAGAAGUUACUUCAAGCUCUGCUGUAUAACACCACCACCUGAGACAGCCAUAGAUUUCUCUCUUACAAACACACAUAUUCACAUACACAAAGGCUGUUAGAAAGGUGUGUGUGUAAAAGGAGAGAUUAACCCCCACCCCACUCUACCUACCCACUGUCUGGUCUAGGAGCGGGUGUUCAACCAUGCGACGGGCAGCCACGGUGUGUCUGGGAUCUUUAUGAAGUACGACACCAGCUCUCUGAUGGUCAGUGAGCAGCACAUGCCCCUCUGGCAGUUCCUGGUACGACUCUGUGGCAUCAUCGGGGGUAUCUUCUCCACCACAGGCAUGGUCUAUGGGUUUGUUGGCUUCUGUUUCAACAUAGUCUGCUGUCGCUUCAAACUAGGCCCAUAUAAACCUAGAGAGGUGGUUCUCCCAGAUGCCCAUGUGAACAACCGUGCUGCUCUGCUCCUGACACGUACAGGAGUAGCCCUCUGACCUGCGCCCAUAUCCACAAAGCUCUGAGUAGGAGUGCUGAGCUUGGAUCAGUUUCACCCUUUUGGAUCAUAAGAUUUUAUGGACAGAUCCUAGAUCAGCAUUCCUACUGUGAGACGCUUUGUGGAUAUGGGACCUGGAGCCUGCUGCUGAUCGUGCACCUACUGUCCCAUCACCUGUGGGGGAAUCCAGGAAGAGAAGUCUCCAAUCACUAGUAUGUCGAUUACUGGGAGUUUGUUUUGAACCAAAUAAGAGUAAACUGAUUAGGAUCCAACAAUCAUAAUUGUUCUAUUUAUUGUUUUGGACAGUAUCCUCAUAUGACUACCAUUAUAAUAUAUUUAUAUCCUGUAAAUAUGUAUUUUACACUGGAAAAUGGAAAGCAGCUAACUCCCCAGUUUUAUCAGGCUUAGUGUGUAAAGGUAUUGGGACUUUGUCAUCUGUAAGUUAGGAGGAUCAGAUUUCAUUCAGCCUAUGUUAUCAUUCAUACCAUUAACUUGCAUGUCAUGUUUGUUCUAUUUCUAUCUAUUUGCACUGUUCAGUAUUUUCCACAUCUGUCAAUGGGAGAUGUCCUAUUACAUGUGUUUUAGUGCACUUCAUCACUUCAUGUUGUACACUUUACAUUCAUUUAAAUCUCUCUCAUUUGGUAUCCCACUAUCUUCUGGUGAUGGUGCGUGCUUCUUAGCCUGCGCUUACACAAGCAGUCCAUUUUGGAUCUUUUAUUCCAUUCUGCCUGUAUAAACGCAGCCAUGGAAGUAGGCUAAAUCUAUUUUCUACAUGCGGCAGCAGUGUAUGAAGCAGAAUGAUUAGCACACUGACCAAUUUUGUCUUUUGGUUUAUUCAUGUUUUGCCAAACAAACUUUAAGUGUUUUCAGAGCAGGAAUAGAGGGUCAUUUAACAUUUGCCAAUUACAUUUGAGAAAGGAAAAUUCCACAAAAUAAACAAAGUCGUAAGUGUUGCAGUUCACAGAACACUUCCCAGUUAGCACUGAUCUACCUUUUCUGAUCUACCCACAGUGCUCUGCUUCCACUAUGUAUCAUAGCAAAGACACUGCUUUGUUAUCAACAUGACAGAUGCCAAGAUCCAUAAAAAGCAGGACAUUUUGUUCAACUU